AUGACGGAGGCCACAAACAGACCAGCCGGUAGGGGGCCCCAGAACAGGCCCGGGAACAGGCCAGCCAACAGGGGCGGGAAUAAGGCGGCCAACCGGGGAGCCAACCAGUCGGCGAGCCAGCCCGCCAAUAAGGCCCCGAAUCGGGUCACAAACGGGGUGGCAAGGGCGACCCAGGGUGAGACCACAAAGGUGACCCAGAGUGAUACCGCAAAAGUGACCGCGAAAGAGAGCGAGAAGGAGGCCAUGAAUAAUACCGCCAAUCAGGCAGGGAAUAAGACCGCAACUGAACCGGAGAGGAAGGCCUCACCCGAACCGGAGAAAAAGGCUCCAAGUGAACCGGAGAAAAAGGUUCCAAUCGAACCAGAUAGGAAGGUCUCAAGUGAACCAGAGAGGAAGAUCUCAAGUGAACCAGAGAGGAAGGCCGUAACCGAACCAGAGAGGAAGAUCUCAAGUGAACCAGAGAGGAAGGCCUCAACUGAAGCAGAGAGGAAGGCCUCAACUGAAGCAGAGAGGAAGAUCUCAAGUGAACCAGAGAGGAAGGCCUCAACUGAAGCAGAGAAAAGGACCUCACCAGAACCAGAGAAGAAGACCUCAAAUGAACCAGAGAGGAAGGUCUCAACUGAACCAGAGAAGAAGGUCUCAAUCGAACCAGAGAAGAAGGUCUCAAUCGAACCAGAUAAGAAGGCUCCAACCGAACCAGAGAGGAAGGCUCCAACCGAACCAGAGAGGAAGGUUCCAGCCGAACCAGAGAAAAAGGCUCCAACCGAUGCAGAGAGGAAGGUCUCAACUGAACCCGAAAAGGCCACAGGUCAGCCCGCGAAGCAGGCCAUAAGUGGAGGCGCGAAGGAGGCCAUAAAUCAGACCGAGAAGGGGGCAAAGGAGACGCCCAAUAGGGAUGCUAACAAGGCUGCUAUUGCUGCUUCUGCUCCUGCCACUUCUGCUCCUGCCACUUCUGCCGCUGCCACUUCUGCCGCAGCCGCUGCCGCUCCUGACGAUGGCGGAAGCCAGAGCGGCGCCCUGAAGACGGGGUCGUUCGUAAGUCGAGACGGACUGGAGCUGAAGACCUACGAGUGGGUGGUGAACAAGCCAGUAGGCAUCAUCCUACUCGUGCAUGCCCUAAACUCCCAUGUAAGAUUCGAGUACCUUAAGCAUAAUGUUAUAAUAGAGAGCAAGGAAAAGGCCACCCUUUUGGAUGGAAAAAAUUAUUAUAUUUAUAAAGACAGCUGGAUUGAGCAAUUGAACAAAAAUGGCUACUCAGUCUACGGCCUAGACAUGAGAGGACAUGGGCAGUCGGGGUGCGUCCAAAAUGUGAAGACCCAUAUAAAUGAUUUCCACGAUUUAGUUUACGACGUGCUGGAGUAUGCCAACAUUGUUUACGACUCCUUAUGCACAGGGGGGAAGAAGAAAAAGAAAAAAUCUCCAUCCGGGGGUGUUAACACGUCGAGCGAUACGGCACCCUCCGGUGGGUUAUCCUCCUCCGCGUCAAGCUCCGAUGAUGAUGACACCUCGCAGGGGAGUCGCACCUCUUCAGGAAACGCCCCCCCGAGUGGCGCGAACAGCGUGAGGAGGAGUGACGCGAACAGUAUGAAGAGGAGUGAUGCGAACAACAUGCGGAGGAGUGACGCGAACAACAUGCGGAGGAGUGACGCGAACAACAUGCGGAGGAGUGACGUCCCUCCCUUCUUCCUCAUGGGUCUCUCCAUGGGAGGAAACAUCGUUUUGCGGAUUUUAGAAUUGGGGGGGAAAAAAGGAGACGAAUCUAUUAAGCGCUUGAAUAUCAAAGGGGUGAUUAGCCUAGCGGGCAUGAUUUCUCUAGACGAUUUGAAGAAGAAGCCAGAGUAUAAAUAUUUCUACAUACCUAUGGGGAAGCUUGCCUCUAUGGUUCUCCCCACCAUGAGGAUGACCCCUAGUCUCAAUUUUAAGAUGUUCCCUUUUAUUAAUGACUUGUUUAGUUUCGACGCGCACUGUUACCCUAAGCCCGUAACGAACCGAUUCGGGAGCGAACUCUUGAAGGCUGUAGAUGCCCUACGCAAUGAUGUGAAGUUCAUUCCGGAAGAAGCACAAAUUUUGCUUGUUCACUCGGUACUAGACAGUGCUUGCUCGUAUAAUGGCGUGCUAAAAUUUUUUAAAUCCAUCCAGACGAAGAACAAGGAGCUGUUUACCAUUGAGGACAUGGAUCAUAUUCUUCCUUUGGAGCCGGGGAACGAGAGAAUCCUCAAGAAGGUCAUCGACUGGCUGGCUCAGCUGCAGUGCGUCAGAGGGUAG